UCAACUCGACUGAAAAUGACAACCAUUUCGAGUCUCUUCAAGAUUCUAAGUUGCAGGGACCAUGUUGACUAUGUUUUAGUCGUGAUCGUUAUAUCCUCUGUUUUAUGGUAUUUUUGGCUUUACUCCAAAUCCAAACGUCAAUCUCCUCCCUUACCUCCGGGACCUUGGGGUCUUCCCAUAGUCGGACACCUCCCGUUUCUCAAACCAGAGCUUCAUACCUACUUCCAAGGGCUGUCUAAAAAGCACGGUCCCAUUUUCAAACUCUGGUUCGGCUCCAAGCUGGCGAUUGUGGUCACCUCCUCUGAGGUGGCCUGUGAGAUUCUCAGAACCAAUGACGCCAUCUUCGCGAACCACGAUGUUCCUGCGGUAGCUCUAGUUAACUCGUACGGUGGUAUUGAUAUCGCCUGGACACCAUAUGGACCGAGGUUACUGAUGCUGAGGAAGCUAUGUGUUAAUAGGGUACUGAGCAACGCGAGGAUGGAAAAAUCUGUUGACCUACGUCGCGGAGAGACCCGGAGAACGGUUAGGUACUUGGCGGAUCUUGCACGGGCCGGGUCACCGGUUGACUUGGGAGAGCAAAUAUUUUUGAUGAUACUAAAUGUUGUGACGCAGAUGCUGUGGGGAGCUACGGUUAAGAACGAAGAUAGGGAGCUUGUUGGAGCCGAGUUCUCAGGAAUAAUUCAAGGGAUGGUCGACCUUCUGCUGGAGCCCAAUAUAUCUGACUUCUUCCCGGUGUUGAGCCGAUUUGAUCUUCAGGGUUUGGUUAAGCGUAUGGGAGGACUGGCUCAGAGGAUGGACCGACUGUUUGACCGGGUCAUUAGUCAACGGCUGGGGAUGGAUAAGGGAAGUGAAGGGAAGGGUGAGGAUUUUCUGGAGGUCUUACUAAAAAUAAAGAAUGAAGAUGAUGAGAAGACAAAUCUUAACAUGAACGAUGUAAAAGCGUUGCUUAUGGACAUGGUGCUUGGUGGUACGGAUACAUCAGUACAUGUCAUAGAGUUCGCGAUGGCUGAGCUAUUAAACAAUCCAGAUAUCAUGAAGAGAGCUCAACAAGAACUUGACGAAGUUGUGGGGAAAGAUAAAAUAGUUGAAGAAUCUCACAUCCCUAAACUUCCAUACAUUCUUGCUAUUAUGAAAGAAACUCUCAGGCUUCACACGGUUGGUCCACUCCUUAAUCCUCACCGCCCAUCUCAAACCACCGUGGUGAGUGGCUUCACCAUCCCUAAAGAUUCAAAGAUAUUCAUUAACGUGUGGGCGAUCCAUAGGAAUCCAGAUGUAUGGGAGAAUCCACUUGAGUUUGACCCCAGCCGGUUUCUCGACCAGUCUUAUGACUUCAACGGAAAUGAUUUCAACUAUAUUCCGUUUGGAUCUGGUCGUAGAAUAUGUGUGGGAAUGGCGAUGGGCGAGAGAGUUGUUCUAUAUAAUAUCGCUACGUUGUUGCAUUCUUUUGACUGGAGACACCCUCAAGGAGAGAGAUUGAAGAUCGAGGAGAAGUUUGGGAUCACCUUGAAGCUGAAGAAAUCCACUUGUUACGACCCCAGCACUAAGGUUGGCUGAUCCAAAUCUUUAUCUCUAGGGUCUUACUCUUACACAAGCGAAGAAAUGAGUAUUAUAAUUCGGGCUUAUAUGUGUUGGGUGUGAACUAAUAAACCCGAACAUGUUCUAGGGUUUUCGCAUGUUGGCGAAGUUUCUGUUUUAGUGUCCUGUUUUUCAUCUGUUUAGUUUCCUUCGUUGGUUUUAUUUCCUAAUUGGCUAAACUAUUUUCUUGUCAAAGCCCUACUUAUGUUGUGUGUUUUUGUUUUCUUUCUCUACACA